ACAUGCUAUCUCUUUACGCUCAAAAAGAGCUGUGGCUUUGACUUUCUCCCCUCCUCUUGUUAUUUUUAUUCAACCCAUGACAAUCGCUGACGAUCUCAUUGGCACAGUAUUUUUAAUCGACCUGCAUACGCCCGUAGAUGUUUGUGGACUGCACUAUAUGAACUUUGGACUGCACAGGGUGUGUUCGGCACAGACUGGGAGAGGGAGAGAGCUCCCGGCAGCAGAGGCUUUACUGAAUUUGAAGUGGACUGAGAAUCUUGAUUCAACCAGAGUGAAGACUCGAAGUCAAAGGCAUUUCCAAUUGCGGCAAUAUUGCAAAAUGUGGCGUUCAGCUGCUAAAUAUUUUCUCAAUAACAGAAUAUUUCGAAAUGGAAUGCAAAAAUUAUUGACUGCACAGAACACUCUGAUUCAUCCUGUACAAAAUGUUCUCUAUCAAAGCCGCACGCUACACAGCCAGACAACUUUUAAAUUCAAUUUUCCUGCUUCAGCUAUCCAAAAAGUAGAGACCUCAGAUAAACAUCGAUGGUUCGUCAUUCACUGGGAGGAUGGAAAUCAUAGUGUGUAUCCUUAUGCAUGGUUACGGGAUAACUGCCAAUGUCCCCAAUGCUUCCUGUCUUCAGCUAAAGCUAGAAAGUUUGCCAUAAAAGAUUUGGAUGUGAACAUUUCUCCGGAGAAAAUCAUCCUGACUGAUUCAAAGAUUUCAGUGGCAUGGCCUGAUCAGCACAUCAGUGAGUUUGAUGCAAAUUGGCUGAGAACAAGAUGUUUUCACCAAUCAACAAGAGAAGAGAAACAAAACCAAUAUUUCAUGAGGGAUCAACUGCAUUGGGGUUCGGAGUUCCAAAUCCCCACCGCUAACUUUGAAGAAGUGUUGACCUGUGAUGAAGUUGCCUACAAAUGGCUGUGCAAUCUGCGCAGAGUAGGAUUUGUGCAACUGAAACAUGCUCCCGCGGAGAAAGGACAAGUGGCGAAAUUGGGAAAGAGGAUCGGCUACGUGAGACUGACCUUCUACGGGCAUACCUGGCAAGUGGAGGAUAAACCCGAUGCUAACAACGUAGCCUACACAUCUGGGGAACUGAAUCUGCACACUGAUUACCCUGCGCUGCACCAUCCCCCUGGGAUUCAGUUCCUUCACUGCAUAAAACAGACAGACGUUGGAGGUGAAACAACAAUGGUCGAUGGAUUCCACGUUGCCAAUCAGCUUCGCCGACUGAACCCUGAGGCUUUCCGAGUCCUCUCCUCCGUUUUGGUUGACUUUACAGACACGGGGAAGGAUUAUUGCGAUUUCUCUCUUCAGUCUAAGAAUAAAAUUAUUGACUUGGACCACAAUGGGAAUGUUAUUCAGAUUAAUUAUAACAAUGCAACUCGGGACUCUGUCCUCGAUCUGCCCGCAGAGCAGGUCCACCCAUUCCUGUCUGCUCUCAAAGACUUUGUGCUCCUCAUGUACAAGCCAGAAAACCUGGUCACCUUCAAAAUGGAGCCAGGGGAUGUUCUCACCUUUGAUAACUGGAGAAUCCUGCACGGCCGUCUAAGCUACCACUCUGACGGCGGUUACGAGCGGCACCUGGAAGGAGCGUACGCAGACUGGGAUGAAGUCAUGUCACGGGCCCGUUGCCUGAAGCACGCGCUGUAUGGCGACAAAUAACUACUUGGUUUGAAGAAUGUAAUGAGUCAACAAUAGAACAAUGAUUUUUAGCAUCGCUGAUGGUUUUCUACAACUUUGACACCACUUCUUCUUCAUAUGGGGAAAGUGCUCACACCGACCGACUUGAAGAAAAGUUAGAACAAUCUUAGGAUUUUACAUAAAUGAAGCGUUUUUCAUAUAGGAAGCUAUUUUGGACAUGGUGUAACUAAAGUGCAAUAUCAAUGAAAAUAUUUAUUCGCUGGGAAAAUUCUGCAUGCGCAUUGACAAUACUUAAAAAAUGUAACCAAAAAUUGGCUGAGGAAUUGUCAAGGCCUGGAGUGAUUUACAAAGAGCAAAACCAAUCAACUGUAGCAAAUAAAAGAUACAGAGUCCUACUGAAAAAUAGCUCCGUUGCAAACUGA